GCGGCGUGCACGUCUCGCGAGGAUUCCGACGAGGAACGCGUCGGCAGUAGACUUGUACGCGGAGGCAGCGACGACGACGACGACGACAAAAUUAUUAUUGCAGCGUGCUCCUUCGAAUCCGUUUGUUAGUUGUUUUUUAUUUCACCGAAGAUUUCACCCUUUUGGCUUCACACGGUCUCCGCGUCCAGACUAUAAUUUAAAAUAAUAUUAUUUAAAUAUUACCAUAUAAAUAUUAUCUGAAGCCAUCGUCAUCGCGGCGAUUAUACAAAGCGACACCGUGAGACGCGAUCWCCGCAGACGACGACGAAAUCGUUGUCGUCGCGAUAUAUGACAAAAAAUAAUAAUAAUAAUAUCAAAAUAUUAAUUGCCGCUGAAGGUGUGCGAAAUCGCGAUUUUCUCGUUWCGACGAGGAGCUCGCGUAGUACAACAGUCGUACACGGUGUCGCCGUUGACCGCGGCCAGAAGACGCGCACGGAGUAGACCGUCGUCGUCGUUCCGCGAUUUYAUCGYCUUCAUUAAUUAAUAAGAAUAAUUGAAAAUAAUGGCACGUGACACACCGGACGAAUCAGUUCCACUAGAAUUAAUCAUACCGGGCAAUACAACAAAAAGAGGAUCAUUGGUCAGUAGUCGUUUCGUUGAUUUAGCCACUGAUGGAUUGUCAAACGGCCAUUCGAACGUCCCUGUUCAAAAACCAUUGAAAUUGAAGAACCUCAUAUCCAAAGGAGAAGCAUUCGAUUCCUUGCAUCACAAUUCUACCAAGCCCCCGCUGUGUAAUGAAAGAGCAUGUCUGGGUAGCGUUAUGCUUCCACCGGCAUUCCACAACUCAACAGUAAGACCAAAAGCUGAAGUACUAGAACUUGCUGAAGAUUUUAUGAAACAAUAUUUCGCCUCCAUUAAAAGGUCCAAUACACCAGCGUAUGAGGCCAGAUGGGAACAAGUACAACAAGAAGUUAAUGCGACGGGUACUUAUCAACUUACAGAAACUGAAUUGGUAUUUGGUGCCAAAUUAGCAUGGAGGAAUUCUGCCAGAUGCAUUGGACGAAUACAAUGGGCUAAACUGCAGAUGUUUGAUUGUAGAUCAGUGACUACGACUAGCAACAUGUUCGAAGCUAUUUGCAACCACAUCAAGUACAGCACAAACAAGGGUAACAUAAGAUCAGCUAUAACUGUUUUUCAACAAAGGACCGAUGGUCGGCAUGAUUUUCGUGUUUGGAACUCUCAACUAAUUUCUUACGCCGGAUACAAACAACCAGACGGAACAAUCAUUGGCGACCCGAUGAACGUAGAAUUCACUGACGUGUGUAUGAAACUCGGUUGGCGCGGAAAGGGCACAAGAUGGGAUUUACUGCCUUUAGUGUUAUCAGCAAACGGUCACGAUCCAGAUUAUUUCGAUUUACCGAGGGAACUAGUUUUGGAGGUUUCACUUGUUCAUCCUUCAUUCGAUUGGUUUUCUGACUUGGGUCUCAGGUGGUACUGUCUCCCCGCAGUAUCCGGGAUGAUGUUUGACUGUGGAGGAAUCCAGUUCACAGCGUGUCCGUUCAACGGGUGGUACAUGAGUUCGGAAAUCGGAUGUAGGAAUCUAUGCGAUCCACAUAGAUACAAUGUUCUAGAUGAAGUUUUAGAACGUAUGAAAAGCGAAUUGAAAAAUUAUGGAUUUUUGAAAAAAGAUCGCGCUCUUGUUGAAGUGAACUUAGCCGUACUUCAUAGUUUCCAAUCAAACAAUAUAACUAUAAUGGAUCAUCACACUGCAUCCGAAUCGUUUAUGAAACACUACGACAACGAAUUAAGAACAAGAAAAGGAUGCCCCGCGGAUUGGGUGUGGAUUGUGCCUCCAAUUUCUGGCUCCAUCACACCUGUUUUUCACCAAGAAAUGGUCAGCUACGAACUUCACCCAAUGUAUGCUUAUCAGGAACCAGCCUGGAAAACUCAUGUUUGGAAAAAAGGACAAAAUCAAGGAAAAUCUUUAAAAAAACAGAGACGAAAGUUCCACUUUAAACAAAUCGCUAGAGCUGUGAAAUUCACAUCGAAAUUAUUUGGACAAGCAUUGUCUCGUAGGAUUAAAGCAACCAUCCUAUAUGCAACAGAAACAGGAAGAUCAGAAAUGUAUGCGAAAAAAUUGGGUGAAAUAUUUGCACAUGCUUUUCAUUCUCAGGUAAUGAGCAUGGAUGAAUAUGAUAUGACAAGUAUUGAACACGAGGCGUUGUUGUUAGUCGUUGUAUCAACUUUUGGAAAUGGUGAUCCUCCCGAGAAUGGACAGGAAUUCGCACAACAAUUGCAUUCAAUGAAAAUGGAACACGAAGGCACUAAUUCUAAUAAAUCACUUGCUGUUAAAUCAUCGCCUCUCAGCUCCGCGUCAUUCAUAAAGGCAAAUAGUCUUUCAGAAUGUUACCAUUUAACCGAACUAAAUGAUUUGUCUAACAAAGAUUCAACAGAUGUUGAUAACUUCGGACCACUUGGAAAUGUCAGAUUCGCUGUGUUUGGAUUGGGCUCGAGUGCAUAUCCAAACUUCUGUGCAUUUGGAUCGUAUGUUGAUAAUCUUCUAGGUGAGCUUGGUGGAGAACGACUCAUCAAACUCAAUAAAGGCGACGAGAUGUGUGGCCAAGAGCAAGCCUUUAAAAAGUGGGCUACAGAUGUUUUUCAUGUGAGCAGACUUAAAACAAUGUUGACAUCAAAAGUUGCGUGUGAAACGUUCUGUUUGGAUAUGGACGAGUCUCUUAGCGAAGCGUCACAAGUACUUCAUAACGAAAAUCUAUCAGCGUCUACUGUUCGAUUCGUGAAUAAUUCUGAACCGGAUGAUCUCCAUUCCGCAUACGCACACUAUCACAACAAACGGGUUUGGACAUGCAGACUCUCCAACAAACAGAACUUAAUGAGCAACAGUGAAGAUGGCAAAAGUGAUCGAGUGACAUUGUGGCUAGAAAUCGAUGUGGAUGAUUGGGCGAAAUCGGAUAAAAUAAUGUACCAACCCGGCGAUCAUGUGGGCAUGUUCGCCACCAAUCGAGAUGAACUUGUAUCAGGUAUUAUUCCGUUUUUACAAUGUGAUCAAGAUCCCGACGAACCGAUGGAACUUCAAAUGCUCAAAGAAAAACAUACAUCUUCAGGUAUUUCAAAGAAUUGGUCCCCCCACGAGAAGAUACCAAGAUGCUCUUUGCGAACUUUAUUGACACGAUUCUUAGACAUCACUACGCCGCCUACACCAAAUAUGCUACAAUUUUUCGCUUCGUGUGCUACUGAUCCCACUGAUAAAAAGAAUCUCAUAGCACUAGCAACAGACAGUGCCGCUUACGAAGAUUGGCGUCAUUGGAAUUUACCCAAUCUUCUAGAAAUUUUCCAAGAGUUUCCUUCUAUUAAACCACCUGCUGCUUUAUUAGUCGCACAGCUUACACCGUUACAACCGAGAUUUUACAGUAUUUCUUCGUCAAGUUUAUUACAUCCACACAAAGUGCACCUCACUGUCGCAGUAGUGACUUAUAAAACUAAAGGUGGAAAAGGUGCACUUCACUAUGGCGUAUGUUCCAAUUACUUGUUAGAUGCGAACAUUAAUGACACGGUGUAUAUGUUUAUUCGAAGCGCACCAAAUUUCCAUUUACCCGAAGACGUAGCGAAGCCAUUAAUACUUGUGGGUCCCGGCACAGGUAUCGCCCCGUUCCGAGGAUUUUGGCAACACAGAUACGCACAAAAGAAAAACGGAAUUGCAGAUACCAAAAUGGGCAGAACCAUGUUGUUCUUCGGAUGCCAAUACAAAUCGAUGGAUCUCUACAAAUCGGACAAGAUGGAAAUGAUAAAAGAAGGAGUAUUAGACAAGACUUACUUAGCACUAUCCAGGGAGCCGUCCAUUCCAAAGACUUACGUACAGGACUUGAUGCUGAAGGAAGCGAAAAUGAUAUACGAAUUAAUAGCCGUGGAAAGGGGACACUUUUACGUGUGCGGUGAUUGUAAAAUGGCCGAAAACGUGUACCAGACCCUCAAGUCAAUAAUUCAAGAGCAGACCGGCAUGAAUUCUACACAGUCCGAUAACUUCAUGUUGGGAUUACGGGACGAUAACCGUUAUCACGAAGACAUAUUCGGCAUCACGCUGAGGACGGCCGAGGUGCACAAUAGUUCAAGACUGUCCGCUCGGAUCCGAAUGGCGUCCGAAACGCUUCCAUAACGUUCAAUUUGGCCUACAAUAGGCAACAUGUUGGCUAAGUCAAUAGCAACAAUACAAGAAUUUAGAGACAAAAAGUUGUAAGCAUUUUACCCAUUUAUAAGACGACGCGUAUACGUAUGUAGACACAAAUGUAAAAAUAUUUUUAUUUUUCUCGGAUGUUUUCAAACUUGCAAUAUUGAAUAUAUGAUGUAUAUGCUUACUCUCUUCCCACCUUUUCUACGCUCACCCAUACCCACACAACAAGUCACCAACACACACACUAUCAUUGUCCUAUAGCCCACUCGCAUUUUUAUGUAGUGGGUAAGAACAUCUAUAAAUAUGUAUCAUACACACACUACCCACUCGCCAAAAACAUAAAAAUUAAAACAUCUUUGCAUUUUAAUUAUUGGAUACUUCAAAAAAUGCGAAUGUAAAAAUUUUCGUUUUUUUUUUUAUGAUUUCGUGUCCUCGUUCUGGCGAUGUACGUACCUACUACCCACUUAAAUAUUUUAAAAUAUGCAACGUUUUAAACGAUCUCACAUACACGGGUAUGCGUGUGAAUAAUUAAUGAAAACAUGCACGUUUCCGUUUUGUUUCGAUUUCGGUUGAUCAAAAAACCAUAAAUACAUGAUUAAUGGUAUUAAUAUGGCGUAAGUGAAAACAGCGAUUUUUGGAACGUCGUCGGACAUAAUAAUAUGGUACUGUUAUUUAUGAAUUCAAUUUUAAUUAACUCAACAACGUAUUUUGUAAUUUAGGCACUAAUAUACACAUUAGUAUAUACAAUACACUUAAGUAUAUAGUAUUAUAUAAUAUGAAUAUGACUUUUAACCAAUACCUACGCUGCUACGCGAUUGAAAUGUUAUUAGUUAGAUAAUAUAUUAAUUGUAUUUAAACUUAGAUAUAGGUAUAGAUACUCAGCAAAAUAAUUAUUACACUUUAAUAAUCUAAGUCAGAAGUUCUUUACUUUUUUUUAUAUACCAGUACAAAUUAAAAAUGUUCACGCACAACUUGAAACUAAUAUAACAUAAUAUUUAAUAUUAAUCAUAAUUCUAAUAUUAAAUUUUCUUUAAAAUCACGUACUUACAGUAUUUCGCGUACUAUUUAUUGAGAACCUCUGAUUUUGGUUAACAUAACCAAAUAGUUGUAGUUUGAACUAAGUAAUACUAACCACGAAAUUCGUCUUGAAUUUGUUUGUAAGAUAGACUCUAUUGUAUAAAAUAUAUAUAAAUAUAUUCUUUUACGUUACCAAAAUUAUUUACAUUUAAAUCUUUUAA